AACACAAAAAUAUCUGAAAAAAUUCGAUUUUUAAGCAGUUAAGCUGAUAUCUGAUAGAUACAAUCAUACAAAUCCACAAUUCAAGAACACUCGGCACUAAAACCUUCGUCGAUCUUCAAAUACCCAAAAACAAAAAGCUCCAUGAAUCUUCAAGCUGUUUCUUGUAGCUUCGGAUUCGUUUCGAGUCCACUUGGCGUCACUCCAAGAACUUCGUUUCGUCGCUUCGUAAUCCGAGCGAAAACGGAGCCGUCGGAGAAAUCUAUAGAGAUCAUGAGAAAAUUCUCCGAGCAAUAUGCUCGUCGCUCUGGGACUUACUUCUGUGUUGAUAAAGGUGUUACUUCUGUAGUCAUUAAGGGGUUAGCUGAGCAUAAAGAUUCGUAUGGAGCACCGCUUUGUCCUUGCAGACAUUAUGAUGAUAAAGCUGCUGAGGUUGGACAGGGCUUUUGGAAUUGUCCUUGUGUUCCAAUGAGAGAGAGGAAGGAGUGCCAUUGUAUGCUUUUCUUAACUCCUGAUAACGAUUUCGCCGGAAAGGAUCAGACGAUUACAUCAGAUGAAAUAAAAGAGACAACAGCUAACAUGUGAGAGAACUGGCUCUUGUGUUCUCGUCAUCCUCUGUUCUUUUAGGUUAAAAGAGAUAUAUCUUUCUCCAAAUGCAGUCUGUACAUUGAUACCCCGACCAUCUUCUUCCUUCUUGUGUACAACUAUUUCACUCUCAGAUAUAUACACUUCCGUAUUCGAUCUUUUUGUUUGCAAAACUAUUACAAGCAAUAUAAAAAGGAUCUAACUUUUACACGAAA